UUAUGUAAUACAUAUAUACUGUGUGUCGUUCCUAAUAGCAAGCAUAUUAGCAUAUUUAGCUAGUCGUGCGGUAAUAACGAAGUUAAGCAAUUUAACUGAAGGGAAUACGCGACAAAUUGUCUCGUAUAAUUGCGUCAGCCGGUCUUAAAAAUGAUAUAAGAGUCCAGCACGCGCAUUGAGGACAUUAUUAUACGAUAUUAGAAAUACGAAAUAUCUUGUUUAUUACGCGAAAAAAAGUGUGUUAUAUCCAUACAAACAUGUAUAUAAAACCGUGAAUAUAGGAAAGGAAUUCAAUUAGCUGACAUAAUUUUUUAUCAAACCUAUCUUCAAGAUAUCACGGGAAGGGAUUGGUAGUGACAUUUCUAGAGGUUGUACAUAUAUUUGUUGUUCAUUAUUUAGAAUGCCUAUUGUAGAGGCAAUAUCUAGAGACUGUUUAAGACAUAUAUGUAGAAAAUUGUUAUAAAAUUAUAAUAUAUAUAUUAUAAUCGUGUGCAAAAUUUUAAUCUCCUAUCAUGACAGACGACCAGCUAUAUGUGUCGUUUAGGAACGAACAAACAUUAUCGAUAAAUUUAUGCGAAUAUACAAAUCGAAACGCGGCAUUCGAUUUAGAAACAUAUGGACCUUAUCUCGACAAGAUUCGAGAGCUCUUCGUACCCAGUCUGGAAUACAGAAUCCAUUCCUUGUUGAAAGAGUUCGUGUACAGCAGGGAUUCUCGAUGGGCAAUGCAAUUUCCAUAUUUCAAGAAAUUCGUCGAUGCGAUAACCACUUGGAGAGAUCCUUUAAUUAAAGCGGCCGAAUACGAUAUCGGGACGAUGGAAAAAGCGAUAAGAAGUACUGUCAAACGCGUAGUGAAAGACGAUCUGGUUACCAGCUUCCUGGAUUCUAUUACUCUGCAUUAUAGAUUGAAUAAAAUUUGCCGCGAACUUGAUGCGCUAGGAAUCGAGGACAAUAUCUUGCGAAGCCUGAACGUAUGGAACUUUGUCAACGAGAAGAAGUAUCGAGCGGAUCACGAUUACAUCACGUAUUUUCAUUCACAUAGGAAUCCCAAUACCGCGAUGGAUUGUAACGCAAAUUCGAGCGACGUGACGAUAUCGCCCUGCGAUGCGAAAAGGCCGGCCAGAUGUAUAAAAGCUAUCGAAUUAGCGACGCAUGACUCUUAUCGUGAGAAAAAUAUUGAGCAACCAACGACAUCGGAGUGUCAAUCAACGACGUAUCGGCAAGUCGUCGACGCGAAUCAUGAUUUUCAUCGACAGCAAACAGGAGACGAUUUUACAGACAACGUAGCGAUAUCGCAAAAUGAUGAUAAGAUGGUCGAAUCUGUCAACGAGGGACCUUGCGAUGCCGAAUCCGCGAAGAUACAGAGCUUAGGUAAGAGAUUAAAGAUGAUCAUCCGUAAGAUGUAUCCAGAGGAUUGCAGCUGCCCGACACUUUCCGGAUCUAUCGUCACUCACUUGGUCUUACCUUGCAAGCCGAGCGAUUUGAUCGGGCGAAUUUUCGAGGCCGAUCCGUCUUUGACCGAAUCUUGCUUUAUAGUGAUGAAGCGAAAAUUCCUAAUCAGCGUGCACAACGUCUGCUCGUGUCUCAACGAUAUUCUCGGUAAAUUAGACGUCAAAUUCACGAGGACGUUGUAUCUCAAUUGCGAGAUAUAUCCCGGAUAUAUUCGCUUCAGAUUGAAAAGCGGUAAUGUCAAUAAAUGCUUAUUCGUCGCCAGGAUACCGAUAUGUCAGAAUGUUCGUAGACGUACGAUUCUACGGAAUUCGGCCAUCUCGACUCGCAAUUCAAAACUGAGUACGGAUGCGAAAGAAUCAAGGUGUUGUAAACGAUGCAACGAUGACGAUAACGAUACACUCGCGCGUAUCGAUGAAGAAAGUCAAGAGUUGGAUGACACAUGCUGUUCAUCGAAUCGAAACGUAAAAGACACAAUAAAUAUGUCACGAUACGAGACUGGAAAUGAAAACAAAGAAGCAAUUACAUGCACGAUUACGGAAUGUGUUCCGAAGUGUCUUCAAGAUCUUACGACCUUCUGCUGUAACAAAUCUCGCGAAAACAUUGCCGAAGAGAUAUGUGACGUAACGUCGCACGUUGAUAACUCGGAGGAAAUAAAUAGAAAGUGUCAGAAGAUCUCGGAUUCGAUCGAAAUCGAUCGUGAAAACAAUGCGGAGAAUUCAAUCACAAUGACGAAUGACGAUGAUUCAAUUACAAUUACGAGAUUGAUCGACGACGCGAGUUGCGUGUGCUUAUCGUCUGAAAAUCUCAUCGAAACGAACCACGAGACGGAGAAUAUUUGUAGCAACAGAGAUCCGGACGAUUUCUCGCAACACGAUCGUUCUCGUUCGCCGGAUGAAAAAUCAAAUUUGAGAGAAGAUUGCGACAUUAAUACGUGUAGUAUCAUGUCAUUCGUACAAAAUUCCGAGCGCGACAAACAAUUGGUGGAAUUAAAUUGCAAUCGUUUCUUGGACCAUAAUAUCAGAGCAAUCGAUAAACGCUCGGAGGACGAUGGCUCGUUAAAUUCGGCGAAGACAGAAAUUGGACACGACUCGAGCUGUUUCUCGAGUCACGGAGACGAUUUUAUAGACAUCACGGUCGUCGAUAAUAUUUUAUCUCAAGACGAUCUUGAUGCGGCGAAAACUUGGAGCGCGUAUUGUUUCAAGCCGAAAGUAUCAUCCGAGAACAACGAUUCUUUGGCGGUUUUCGUUCAAACGCCCAGAUUACGAGUGUCAUCAAAAGGCAUCAGUGUGAACGUGAGUUAUCCUCGAGCCGUAAUUUGCUUGGCAUCCGGUGACGAUGGAAGCACAUCUACGAAGACACGCGACAGGAUCCGCGUGGUGGAUCCUUCCGCUCGAAUCGUUCCGAGGAAAGGGCAUGAAAUUCUUCGCAAUAAAAGAGUUUCCGAUAAAACAAGAGAUUUUAUUAGACCAUCGAGAAAAUCUCUCGAUAUUUCUACGGAAGAAUAUCUUUGCGCAACAUCCAAUACGUCGCGAUGCUCUCGCUCGACGAGUAAAUUUACUACGAGCGACAGGCAAGAAGAAUUUGAAAAAUCUCACGAGUCCGCAAGACUGUCAAAAUUUUGCGUAAGCUCAUCGAAUAGUUUUCGCAGCGUAACUUCUUUCACUACGAUCAAGUAUGGAACAGCAUCACGUAAAGAUAAUGAUUACUCUGUCAAAGUACGACCGCAAGCGAUACUCGUGAUGACAAAAUUUCGCGAGUCCGUCGACAGAUCUGUCGGUAGAAUAAAGCGUCUGAUUCACGCGAAACUGAGAAAAAUAUUAUUCAACGACGGAAACAAAACGACGAAUGCAUCGAGAAGCUUUUGGAAGAACGAACAAUCCUCCGAAGAUACUACGAGAGGGAUGACAAGCGGAAGAUGCGUCAGACAGGGUUACAGCAUUACUUCGUGCUCAACUUGUAAUUGCUGCAGACAAAGCUGUACUCUUUCAUCGUGUGAAUCUUCGAACGUGAUUCUGUCAAUCCGCAAAAAUCGAUGUAAACAAGGGAGCAAAGGUGAGAUGAAGUUUCGCGAUCGAUUGACCGGUGGCAGCGAGACCUUGUCAACUUUUCGCUCGAUCGAAACUACUUACGAUUCGUUGACUCCUACAAUAGUCAAGGAUAUGGAAAAAUAUGUGUUGAGCAGAAGCGAUCGAUGCAACAAAAAGGAAAAGAUCGAGCGAAAUAUUGUAAAAAGCCGUAAUUCUUGCGACUUUAAAAAUUAUGGGACAAGUAUAACAAUUUCUUCGCAAUCAGCCAAAGCAUCCGGAAACAAUUCGAAAUAUCGCGAACGUUACACGUGCAAACAGCGAGAGGAGGCACGUGACGAUAAACGUGUCUAUGAAGGGAUACGUAAUCAAGAUCGAUGGAAGGAGACGCGACGUACAUGCGAACGACGUGAAAGGACGCACAGAGAAGUACCGAUUAAAUAUUCUAGCAACGAAUCUCUCGGAGCGUCAUCGUCGUACACUCGGCGAGGGAGAGUUAAAAAUGAGCAUAAGCAAUUUCGAUCUGGCAGAUCGAGGGUGAAAAACACGAGGGGAUUCGCAUCUUCGGGCAAGAAUUGGCAGAAGGACGCAGAUCGUUCCGUAGACGAUGAUCGUCUACGUAAGAAACGUGUCUUCGGGAUUUUGACCGACAUCUGCAACGAUUACGCGGAUGAUCUCGAUCUCGACUUCAAGUUACACUUGUUGCGAUACGUCGAACUCUGCAGGAGUGUCAAACGCGCAUUGAUAAAGACGCUGCAAUCCAACGACGAUUUUUACGAAGUCGACACGAUACUCAGAAGAAACAAGACCGGUUACGAGGAGUUCGAAGGCCCGCACGAGGGUAGCAAGGACAAUAGGGGGUUCGAGGAUGAGAGAGAAUAUAGUAGACAUGCCUCGUUUGAGUCACUUCCGGAACCGGAGAGACCACCGUUACGUCAUAUCGAUACAUAUUGCAUGCCGGAAUGCCCGUGCCUUUCCAAGAGGUACACUAUCGCGAUGCUGGCUUGCGUAGGAUUCAUUAUUUCGUUCGGCAUGAGAUGUAACAUGGGAAUGGCCAAGUUGGUGAUGAAAAACAGUACGGAGGGCGAGAAUAGCAGUGUCAAAUUCAACUGGACAAUAGGUAUGGAAAGUGCUCUCGAUUCAUCCUUCUUCUGGGGUUACCUGGUGACGCAGGUGCCCGGUGGCUUCGUCGCGUCGUUAUAUCCCGCGAACAAGAUAUUCGGCGCCGCUAUCGCGAUAUCUUCCUUCUUGAAUCUGCUGGUACCCGGCGCGUUAAAGGUGGAUCCUAUCGUCGACAUGAUCGUGCAAGUGAUGAAAGGACUGGUCGAGGGUGUUACGUAUCCGGCGUGCCACGGUAUUUGGAAAUACUGGGCGCCGCCUCUGGAGAGAUCGCGUCUGGCUACGUUAGCAUUUUGCGGAUCGUACGCUGCGAUGGUGAUAGGUAUGCCGCUUUCCGGAUACCUGAGUGCCUGGUUCGGCUGGACGGCGUCGUUUUACUUUUACGGCGUCUGCGGUCUGAUUUGGUACGGUUUCUGGUUGUGGCUGGCGUUCGAGAAGCCGUCUAAACAUCCGUGCAUCUCGGCCCGUGAGUUACGCUACAUCGAGGAUUCGCUCGGUCAAGGACAAUCACAGAUAGCCGUGCCCGUGCCCACCCUAGCGACAACGCCUUGGCGAAAAUUUCUCACCUCCAUGCCCGUAUACGCCAUCAUCGUCGCCAAUUUCUGCAGAUCGUGGAACUUCUAUCUGCUGGUGCUCUUUCAACCGCGUUUCAUGCACGAGUCCUUCCAAAUGCCGCUCGUCGAGACUGGAGUCAUCGGGUCGCUUCCGCAUCUAUUGAUGACGAUGAUUGUACCAUGCGGCGGUUUGUUGGCGGAUCAUCUCCGUAAACGCGGCAUCAUGUCGACGACGAAUGUCAGGAAAGUUUUCAAUUGCGGUGGUUUCGGUAUGGAAGCGCUUUUCUUCUUGGUGGUAGCACAAGCGACAACGUCCAGGAAUGGAACCGCGGCUACGGUCGCCCUCGCGAUCGGCGUCGCGUGCAGCGGUUUCGCCAUUUCCGGUUUCAAUGUCAAUCAUCUGGACAUCGCGCCUAGAUACGCCAGCAUCCUGAUGGGUAUGUCCAACGGGAUUGGUACCAUCGCUGGUCUCUUGGUUCCUUUCUUCGUGGAUAACAUCACGGAGAAAAAGGACGCGCACAGUUGGCGAAACGUUUUCAUCAUAGCAGCAUGCGUUCACAUCUUUGGAGUGACGUUUUAUGCGAUUUUCUGCUCCGGCGAGUUACAACCCUGGGCCGAUCCCACAUUAGAGGAACAAAAAGCCUGGAAUCCGAUGGACGAGUUCGGACAGACGAAACCGCCUGUGCCACCUCCGCCGAAAACCAUGCAAUCUGAAUUUAUAAAACAACCGUCCCAGGACGGAGUCGCCGACGACUGGAACACUUACGAGCAGCCGGCGCCUGAGAAUCAUUUAUACGCGCAACAAGACAAUAAAGCUCCCGUGAUAAGCUACGGUUCGACGGAGACCAACAGCAACAAUCCGUUCCAUUCGACAAAUCCGUUCGCCAGCGACGUUAGCGCAUCUCUCGUGCAGCCGCCAGCAACGGACAACUAUGCGCACGACGUCGUGCAUAAUCAGCAAUGGAAUUGAGUAUGGUCAGCCUCCGGAUAAAGCAAUCGGAUACGAGAAGAGUAGACUGCGUUUUCCCGAGGUUGUAGAUCAUUCGUUACCAUUAGCCGUCAAUCCGCCAGUUCCUUGGACAUACUGCGUCUUUAUUAUAUCAAAACUCGCAGAAGUAAAACCUGCAAAGAUCAUAAAUUCGCAAUUUUGUUUCCCUUGAGAGAAAAAGGUCGUCGUAACGGUCUUGUUUUUCUUGUGUGUCAAGGAAAAUAAAACAGAAACUUAACCAUCAAUUUAAAAUAUUAUAUAACAACAUAGGUGUCUUAUUCUGUUUAGUAAUUAUAAUAAUAAUUCGGAGAAAAUGUGAGAUAUACUUAUUAAAUGUAACUUAAUUUUAGUUAGAACUGUCGUUUGAUAUCAAUUAUGGAUUGUUUAACAAAUCUCGCAGUAUGUCUGAGGACCGUAUAUAUAAAUAAAGUUUCAAUGGUUUGAUGAUUCUACGAAUUGCAGGGUGCAGCUAGUUAAAUGUUAAAAUGCACAUUUCUAAGUUUCUCGGUAAAAACAUCCGCGAAUUUUUCUGUUGAGCGUAAUAUCUAAGAGUACAGAGAAUGAUGCUAUGAAUGGCCACGCGAAUGACUCGUAACGACAUCAGAGGAAUUUUAUCUCGACUACGUCGUAAAAUUAACGAGAUUCAUCGAUAGAUGAUCAAACGAUCGCUAUUUAUAUAAACUUUAUUGGAGAUGUGCAAUAUUUUUUACAGCGUUUUACGAUAAAUGAGAUAGCCAGUUUGAAACAAUUUAUCAUUUCGAAAACGAUAAGUCACUCGCAAUGCCUAAAAUUGAAUCUAAAGAUGUUUCUCUAGUUCAAGCUUCUACUAGGAAGGAUUUUAUAUCUUUAAUUCGUCGAUCUUUGCAUGCUUUCUUUAAAAUAAAAGUAAACGAGAAACGGCUGAUCAGACAAAAUUUUUGAAAAUGUAUCUUAUGUAAUGUACAAGUAGCCGCAUUUAUAUUUUUUGGAAAAGUCUGAAGCGAGUUAUCAAGUCAGGCUUUGCAAGUUGCAAUGCAAUAACCCAAAACGCGGUGAAUACAUAAAUUUUUUCAUGAGAUAUUAGGUGGAAGAAAAUAUUGUCCUAAUUUAUAGGACGAUUAAGAUAUACGAUAUCCGCAAAAUAUUGUACUUGCGAAUGUCCUUUUUAUAAAAAGUAUUAAUAGCAAAGAUGCUGCUUAUAUUAGCGACGAGAUCGAGAUAUGUCCCAAAUCGACAAUAAUUCAAACCGUUGCAGACAAUAAUUUUCUCUGUGGACAAUAAUUAAGGGCAAGGUUUGAAAAAAAAAAACGAAAUAGCAAUCACGAGAGAUCUCGGUGCGCGCGACAUGGCUCAAUCGCUGAAACUUUUAGGUAUUUCUUCCCCUCUUCUUCGAAUUUUUCCGAUUUACAAUUAAGUUACUUACGCGAAGAAAUAUAGCAAUAAAGAAGAAAGAAAGUUUACGAAAUCGAUAUAAUAAACGGCGUAUAAAUCGUUUGUCGAAAUUCAAAUUAUACGCAAAGACGCGCAAGAUCUUACGCACACUUGGAUAUAGUACAAUUAAAUUUGGAAUAAAAUAAUGGAAAUCCAUACAGCAUAGAUAUUCGGAGAAAUUAUCUUUGAAUAUUCACUUGAAUAUUCGAGUUGCAAUAUCCAAUUUUCCGGAUACUUCUUAAUUCUCGGACAUAUAUUGACUGUGAGUUAGAUAAAAUUAAAAAAAAAUGUUUAUAAGAACAAUUAACAGCAACACACUAACAAAGAUUCAGAGAUCUGGAUAUUAUGAGAUAUUUGAAUAUCAAAGGAAUAUGUACAAAUAUUCACUCAGGAUAUUUAUGAUGUAUGGAUAUUGCGUGUGCGAAGUUGGUGAGCAUAAAAAGCGCGAAAAACCGCAAGGGGAAAGUGGAACUAUUACUUAAUUUUCCAUUAAUAUUCGCCAGAAACGGAGUGCGAAUUAUUUGAAAGAUAGUAAAACGGGACGAUUGUAAAAAUGCAUGAUUAUACAAAUCGGAUUCUAAAUUGAUUAUCUGGUGCGAAUUUUCUCAAUAUCCGAGACAAGUCUGGAAACAUUCACGUAGCAGCUUAUAACUUGAAACGUAUGAAAGUAUUCGUAAGAAAGUGAUAACGAAAUGAAAGUAUCGUAAGAAAGUAUUGAUAAGCUAUUAAGUAGACAAAUCAUGAAAGUAAAUAUACAAAGAUCAAAAUAAGAUCGAAAUAUUUAGAAAAAAAGAAACAAAAUAUUAUACAUUGUCUAGAUGUAUUUCGUAUACAUACGUAUAUUAUACAUAUACAUACACAGACACACAUCUUUCACUCUAUAUAAAUAUAUAUGUAGGUCCUUCAUGAUCACGCAUGUGCGUGAUCAAAGGUAAAAACGGGACACAUACAAGGAAGCAGGAUGAAAAGCAUGCGGCUCAUUGCGUCGAAUAUUGCGAAUGAAUGAUGGUAAAAAAUGGGGUCUCGAAACGGCUAAUUUCGAUUGUUCCAUUUUUUUAUAUGCAGAAUAUUCAAUGUUCGAUGUAUUGUAGAAAACUAAAACUAUAUAUAUAUUUUUUUUUUUUUACAAAAAUAUCGAACUACGAACGAAACUACUCGAGAAAUAAAUUUUUGCGUUAUAACCGGGAUAAGACAAGAGAUUUUUUAAGAAUCGCAAGUAAUAAAGCCUUAUCUGUCAAUUAAUUUUAGAUGAACUUUGUUUUUACGUAAUUAUGACUCGGAUAAUUAGCGUUAAAAUUAGCAUUAAAAAAUAUUAAAUUUUUAUAUACUUUUAAUUAUAAAACUUUGUAGAGAGAAAAGUUAUUUCAGUUUUCCAGCAGGAACAUUUACAUAUGCUAUUAAACACUUAUGGAAAUACGUAUCUUAUGUCUAUCCAAUUGUUGCAAAUAAACAGAAAUAAUUUUUGAAUAUUUAUAAUAACGAAAAUUAAAACGAAGACGCAAUUAACCGAUUCGACCGCCUAGUGCUGACUCUAAUCUGAUGUGCAUUCACAUUUAUAAGUAAGGUACAUGGUACGUUAAUACGGCGAUGUGUAGUACAAGUAUAUUGAACUCCACGUGCGCGUGUGUAUGUGAGCCUACGAAUUGAGUAGCCUGAAUUUUCCGUUUUUCCUUCCAAGGAGGAUCCACAAAAUUAGUCAAUUUAUGCGAGACCUUUUUAAAAAUACAUACCGAUAUGAUAUAUGCACGUAUCGACAUUUAUGAUAUCGGCAAGUAUCGUCUCGCAUUCUCGUCGGCAAAUAAGAUUAUAUAUAGAUAUGUCAUACGCGUUAUUAUGUUGUACGUUAAUAUAAAUGUAACUAUAUAUACUGAUUUAUUUAUAUAUAUAUAUAAAUCACACAUGUCAUAGAUGUAUAUUACAUACAUAUAUUAAUGACAGCAAUGUGCGUGUGAUGAUCGAUAUAUGUGAGAAUGCUCGAUUAGAAAAAAAAAAAAGAACGAAAGAGAAGCUACGAGUAUUGAUUAUCGGGCGCUUCACUGUACGACAAUAAUAUUUAAACUAAAGCCUGAUGCACAUGUUACAACAGAGCACCAGAUUUAAAGUUUAAUUAUUUGUUUAAUCACGUGUGACUUCAUUACGUCGAUAUUUGCGAAUUGGGGUGUUUAAGAAUUCGCGCGUUCGAUGAACGGACUUCGACAUUGUCCUGUCAAGAUAGGAUAAAUUCUUAACUUAAAUAUUUCCAGAAAAUUAAUAAAAAAUAAAUUCUGAGAUGUUUCAAAUGAAAGAUAUUAAUGAAAAUAAAAAUUUGCUUCAUUACAUUAUAUAUCAGAAGAAAAGUAAGGAUUAUUUAAUCGUUUUACAAAUCAUGCUCUUUCAGUUAAUUGAAACUGAAAAUUAUCAGAAUUAAUUUACUUUCUAGUUUAAGAGCAAUUUUAAUUCAACAAAUUCUUGGUAAGAAAGAGAAUUUGUUUGAAUCUUCAACAAAGGAAGAACAUCGGCCCGUUCAUCGUAAAUCACGACGAAUUACCAAACACCCCGUGCACGCAACGGUAAUAAUCUCACUUCGUGACAAUGCGGGACGGAUAUAUAAUGACGGGUCACGAUUAGAACGCUCGCAUUAAUGAUGACAUGAAAAUGACGAUGCCGCAACGCGCAUUUUUUUCGCGCAGUGCAUCGACCGUGUGCACCACGUUUUAAAAAAGGGGCACGCAGGAUGAUAGAAAGUCGGAAACACACUUGCAACACGCUUGAAAUUAAUGAUACGCGCGUGAUAACAGUCAUCUAAACGUUGUGUACCAUCUGUGUCACUAUUACGCCAGGGAGAAACGAUUCGUUGUCAAGCUGGGACGUUGGAAAAAAAGCAGAUCUGAAACCUCACAGUGACAAUCUGCUUAAAAACAAAAUAAAAAAAAAAAAA